AAGCACAAACUGCCAUGCUGGUAGCUCCAUGAGCGUCGCUAGAUACGAAUGUCAAGGACAGACGAGAUGUACUCUGUACGCGAAGAACGAAGCGUUUGGUGACCCCUGUGUUGGAACCUUCAAAUAUCUAAAGGUGAAGUACGAAUGUGUGGGAAAAACUGUUCUUUGCGCUGAGAAUAAGCUCGUUCGCAUCUGCGAAGGACGGUCACAGCACAUUUCGUGCCCCGCCUCGAAGAAAAUCGAUAUCAUGUCGGCGAAUUACGGUCGUUUAACUGGUCGGCACAUCUGUUGGGGACCAGUUAAAACCACAAACUGUGGAGCUGCUGGGUCGAUUGAUAAAGUGAGGAGCAAGUGCCAGGGAAAGCGAAGCUGCUUUUUGCAGGCAACAAACAGCCAGUUUGGCGAUCCUUGCCGUGGGACAAAGAAGUAUUUGGAGGUGAUUAUGUUUCACUGUAUUAUUUUAGAUAUUAUCAGUCCUCACCAAACAAAACUUUGA